AAGUCACCUUGUGUGUAGUCUUCAGUAUAUAAAAAAUGAUGUUCGAAAUGAUAAGUGCAGUUGGCAACGAAAGGAUCAUCUGAUAGUCCAUACAGACUUUGCUUCUAAGAUGGCGGCAGCAAAUGGAAAACACUGGGUUAUGCUUGUAGCUGGUUCAAAGACAUGGGAUAAUUACAGGCACCAGGCCGAUGUGUGUCACGCCUAUCAGAUAGUACAUCAGAAUGGGAUUCCUGACGAGCAGAUUGUGGUGAUGAUGUAUGAUGAUAUCGCCAACAAUGAUCACAACCCUACUCCUGGGAAAAUUAUCAAUAAUCCAAAUGGACCGAAUGUGUAUACAGGGGUUCCAAAAGAUUACACUGGAGGGGAUGUGACACCUGAAAACUUCCUGGCUGCUCUCAAAGGAGAGCCUAAAAAAAAUUGCCUGAAAAAAGUCCUUAGAAGUGGAAGAAAUGACACGAUAUUCAUCUACCUGUCAGAUCAUGGAAGUACAGGCCUAUUUUGCUUUCCAAACAGCACCCUUUAUGCCCAUGAUCUCAUUGAAACCAUCAAGGAAAUGGCAAGGGGAAACAAGUUCUCAAAGAUGGUGAUAUAUAUGGAAUCCUGUCAUUCUGGAUCAAUGUUUACCCAACUCCCAAAUGACAUUCAUGUGUACGCAGUGACUGCAGCGAGAGGGGAUCAGAGCAGUUAUGCCUGUUAUUUAGACCCUGAGAGGAACACCUAUCUUGCUGAUGAAUUCUCAGCUUUUUGGAUGUACUACACUGAAUCGAGUAACCUUGAUAAAGUAACAUUCCGGGAUCAGUUUAGUUAUCUUCAGGGCAACAUGAAGAAUUCUACACCCUGUUGUUUUGGGGACGAGACAACUGGUAAAAAUCCAAUCAGUGGGUUUUUGAGAAACACCCCUAAAGUCAUUCAGGAGUCCACUAAAGCUCAGAAGCUUGUGUUGACUCAUUUGACCCAUGCCCAUGAAGUGUCAUCCAAAAUCUUGGACCACAAAAUUGAAACAGAAACUCAUGCAGGCCGGAAACAAGUUCUGAUCAAAAAACGUGAAACUCUUCAUCAGACUAAAGCUAAAAUUGAGAGAACAGUUAAAGCCAUCAGUCAGCGCUGCUUGCCUGCCAGUGAAGUUGAGGAUAUUUCUGGCGGAGCUUUUAGAUCUGGAUCUCGAAUGGAUUUACUUGCACUGAAAACUGUAGCUGAGCAUUUCAGGACAACCUGUUUUGACUGGCACAAGGAAGAGUUUCAGAUGGCCUUGUCACACACGCAUGUAUUUGCUCGUCUCUGUGCACAUGGAGUUGAAGUAGAGAGGAUCAUUGAGGCCAUAACAGCAGUCUCCAGUCUUCCUACUGAACAUCAUCCUUAAGAAGUGUUUAUGAAAUUUAGAUCAAUCUCAUCCUUAUAAUAUGUGAAACAAAUGAAAGUUGCUCAUAGAUGACUUUGGUUAAAAGUAUAAAGUGCAAUUUGAGAUUUGUGUCAAAAUUGAGUUAUUCACAUAUUCUUAUUCUGUCAAAACUUAUUUACAUUGUGAUGUUUUUCCCCCCUUCAUGUUGUGUACAUUUUGGGACUUGUUUUAGAAAACAAAAAAAGGGUAACACUUUAUAAUAACUUUCAUUAAUAAAUCAUUACUAAACAUUACAUAACGUUUAACUAAUCAUUACUUAAUAUAUAUUCACAUAUCUAGAAAUAUGAGAUAAUGUGCUUGUUAAUGUUAACUAAUGAACUUAUUAAACAUUACCAAAUGACUAACAGAUCAUUAUUUAAUGUAAAUUGAAAUGCUUUCAAAUGUCAUUAAACUUUUAAUUCAUAUGAUCAUGCAUUUUUU